AUGGCUUGCGUUGGUGUCAACGUUCUUGUUCAACGUGGAGGUGCCAGGGUGGAAUCCAACGUCAAGGCACCCGACCAAAUCACUCCAGAGCAAGAGAUGGAGGCGAUGGAUGUCGUGGCACCACCUCACCAAUGCUGUUUAGCAUUGGUGGCGCAGAGCAACCUGGAGGACAUCGGCCUCAGGGUGCUGCAUUUGAGCAAGAUGCAGCACUACGACUUUGCUCAUCGCUAUUUGGUUUUGGACAUGGCAGGUGCGGAAUUCCAACCUCAACUCCAAUCGCUUGCGGACUCUCUGGUCAAGCAGCGUGCAGUGGACACCUGGAUGACAGUGGAUCAUUCUCAAGAGUACAUGCUACGUGUGAAUGAAACUGCUGAGUGGGAGAUCCCCGCACGGGGCCGACAAUCCAAUGGUCAUGGAAUUUCCUUUGACGACUCGCAGACGGAAGAUGUGCAACUGGCGUUUUACUUUGCCGUCGAUCGGUGCUCUGCGGACUACCUGGCUAUCAUCCAACUGGAUCAGAUCAUGUAUUCUGCUCCAAACGUUUCCUGGAUUGAGGAUGCUAUACAAGCUCUUCAGAUGAACCAUAACCUGGUUUUGGUAAGUCCAUCCUUCCCUGGUUUCGAAGACCGCAAGCUUCGACAGCGACCCACGACCAGGCCACUUCCAAAGUUGAAUGCUGGCCCUUUGAAAGGAGAAGUGGAGGAUACAACUUGCCAACAUCCUUACACAUUGGCAGGGCGCGCCGCCUUGCUGGAUCUUCGCCGUUACAAAAAUUUGCCUCCGCGGAAUCGUGUCAAAGAACACCGCUGUGGGGGCCAGUUGGUUCGAGGGAAGCCAUGCAGAUCUCUGCCGUUUGUGAGAUCUUGUGGUGGCAUGAGAACAUGGGAGGCUGCGCUUGAAUGUGUCAUCUGCAACAGCGAAAACAUGCAGCAGGGCAGCUUGAGGAACUGGCGCAGGAGCUGGGCGCAACAUGCGCCACUCAGCAGUGUCAGGCAUGACCUUGCAAAGCUGAAGAUGGAUGCCGGAGCCCCGGAAACCUUAGUUCCAGCACAGGUUCAAGAGCAAGACAGGAAUUCCCCGCAAGCGGCCCGUCACCUUGUUUUCAAUUGGAGUGCGUGGAUAUCUUCACAAUAUGACACAGCGGAUGGCGCAUGGGAUGCUGAAUGCAGCAACCUUUCUGUACAAAUUGUCCAGAAUGGAAGAGCCGUUGAUGUCUUGCAUCCCUCGGCCUGGGACGAGUUGUGGCCCAGGUGGUUGGACGAGCAACACCAGUUGAAGAACGACUCGGCGGUGGCGUCCACGUCGGCGACUGAGGCGGCACUGACCUUCAAAUACGUUGACAAACUUGAGCUGGAGGACAACUUGGUGUCGAAGCCGGAGUUCACGGUGGCUUUCAAUUUGGCUGCGACGGAACUUGCCAUCUUUCCCUUUUGUGUGUUUCUACAUGAGCGCUUUUGGAAUACCAGCCAAGCGUGGGUCGCAACAGCUGGUACCGAGCAAGCUCUCAAUCGUUCUAGUUGGUCUUCAAUUUGGGCGAGCUAUACGCCUCCGUUUGAUUUCUCGAAACCCUCCAGUUCGGGAUCCUUCCACUUCUUGGACGUGGAUGCCAAUGGAUUGAUCAGUGAGCCCGAGUUCGCGUCACUCUUUCGCCUUUGCCACAACACUCCAACGCCCAGUGCAUCAACGACCUCCGCUGCGUUCAGCAGCUCCACUACCUUCACCAGUGCGACCGCUGCGACCUCAACCAGCUCCACAUCCACCCGGACUACCUGGACUUCCUGGAGCAGCACCACAGAGAUCUCCGCAACGGCAGUUUCAGCGAGUCAGCAGUGUUGCUAUGAAGUGUCCGCUGAAUGCUUGUCCUGCAUUGCUGGUAUUACAGUACAGGAGCUUUGCUCCAGGGAGUCCAUGAGUCUCACACCAGGUUGCCAGGGCGCGCCGGAGAAAUCUCCCCAGGCUGCGCCGGGUAGCCCGCAUGCCAAUGCCAAGCUCAGUACUACAUUGCCGCCCCACUAUGGUUGGGAGGUUUCAGAUGAUGCCAAUGGCGCCAGGUGUCCAUUUUCUGGAGUUGCUUUUUCACCUCUUCUUCCUGGUUUCAAAGAAAGCCACGAGGAAGGGAUUGCUGGUUGCCAAGCCAGAUGUCGCCAGGUGAUGGGCUGUGGCUUUUUCACCUUUUGGAGGAGCACAAAACUCUGCCAGCUGCACCCCACCACAGCCAAGAGCAACGCCGAUCCAGAGGCACUGGCUGGCCCGCCGCGUUGCGUUGCUCGUUUCGAGGCCCACAUAGCCUCAGUGGACUUUAGGCAACUCUCCGAGUUGCAGUUGAAGAAUCUGCAUGCCAGUCUUCCAGCUGCUUUGGCUCAACACUGGGAGGUGCCGGUCUCCAAGGUGCAGGAUGUGGAGGGCCAUCCUAGUGCUGUCACCCUUCUGCCGGGCAGUUUGCUGGUGGAGGGCAAGGUCCUUCUGCCUGCUGGAAUUGCAGUUGCAGACAUUGCUCAAAAAUCAGAUCAUGGAAAGAACCUUCAGCUCCGGCAGAAGGUUUCGGAGUUGUUGCUGUCCUUGAAUAUACCGUACACCGUGGAGCAUGGAGCCACAGAUUUCGAGGCUGGGUUCCCGUUGCGCAUGGUCUUUGAAGCCGAUUUGGAAUGCUUUCUGGAAAAUACCGAGUACUUCUCUGAAGAGCAGGAGAGAGUGAUCGCGGACAGUGCCAGAGAUUGCCAGAAAGAUUGUGCUACAUCUGAGGUUUGCAGCGUUUUCAGCUUCUUUGCCAAAGAGCGCAGUUGCCUUUUGACAGGUGGGAACUUCUCGGCAGCCCCAAACGAGGAGGCGAUGUCUGGCCCUGCCAAGUGUCCCGCGCUGGUUAUGGCUCGAAGCUCUGGCGACCUGCCAGCACAGCUGGUGGCAGGAUCUGAAGCAACGCUGGAAGCAGUGGAGAGCGUCCCUCUGAUGUAUUCGGCACCCGCUGGCCUGAUACUUCUUGGACUAGUAGUAUAUUGUUUGCUGAGAUGUUGUUCCAGUUCGAAGUCCAGAGGCAAGAAAGCUCAAAAAUGGCACAACCAGGCACUCUACCUGCCCAUUGCAGAGGAAGAUGCUGAGGCCUCGCUUCUGAAGUUUCAUCCCCUUGAGGAAGUGACUGCCUUGGAGGGUUCAAAUACAGAGUAA